UUUUAUUAUCGUAGUACGGUGAAUUAUAUUUGCAUUUUAAACAUGUGUAAGCCCCGCGUCGUGUCGUGUCAUCACACCGUCUGCUAAGUGAUUUUAAUUGUGAAUUAAAUGUAAAUGUAAUUUAAUUCAUCGAGGUAAAAUGCGGCUUUGUCUCGCUUUGCGGUCCACGUAAAGUGCUCCCCCCCCUACUGGAGGUUUAAUGGUACUGCCCGCUUUGCUGCAGCACUUCCUGAAGUCACAAAAAUAAAUGAGGAUUGCAUAUUGAUUGUUUUAUCAUUUUUAAAAACAUAUGUAUUGAGAGAGGACUCGGGCAUGGAGGCCGUGUACACACAGGGCAUCUGGAUGGCCGAAAGUCUCCAGCAGAGGACGAUAAGUCAAGAGAAAACGUGGCAAGUCAUCACUCAUAUUGGAGAUCCCAAAGCUGCCUUUCUGCUCGUCUUCCCCUUCACAUACUUCAUCAGCAAGCGAGCUGGAGUGGCGGUGCUUUGGGUGGCAGCUGUGUCGGAGUGGUUGAACCUGGUGUUUAAAUGGAUGCUGUUUGGAGAAAGGCCAUUCUGGUGGAUCGGUGAAUCACGUCUGUUUGUCAACAAGCAACCCAAAGUUCACCAGUUUUCCUCCACCUGUGAAACCGGCCCAGGCAGCCCGUCGGGACAUGCGAUGGUGACGGCAGCAGUCUGGUGGGUUGUGGUGUCCUCACUGGGGUCAUUUCUGUACUCACGUACUCACAGCUUGGUGUUGUCAGCUGCCCCCUACCUGCUGUAUGUGGUGAUGCUGGUGGCGGUUGGAAUCUCCAGGAUCUUUAUCCUCGCCCACUUCCCUCACCAGGUCAUUGCUGGCUCCAUUACAGGUUUAAUUCUGGGGAUUGUUCUGAGCCGCAGAGUACCAGAAGGUCGCCCCCUGCUGUUCUUCUUUUGCCUCAGCAUUGGUCUGCUGCUCAGUACUCUGAUGCUGCAUGCUGGACUGCAGCAGCUGGGAAUCGACCUCUCCUGGUCUAUUGCUUUGGCUAAGAAAUGGUGCAGCCAUGCGGAGUGGAUCCGUUUGGAUACAGCCCCAUUCUCCUCUCUGACUCGAGACUGUGGCGCCCUUCUGGGUUUGGGGCUGGCCCAGUACUGGAAGCCCGGCGGAUGGUCUCUGCCUUGGGCCCCACGGGCUUUGUCUCUGGCCAUUUCAUCAAUGGGACUGUACCACGUCAAUCGCCUGCCACUCCCCAUCCGACCACAAGGCCUCUUCUACGGCUUGUUCUUUGUUAAGUUUGUCAUAGUGCCUCAGAUUGUCAUGGUUCUUGUGCCUGGACUGGUUUAUCUUUUCACGCACAAAAAGAAGAAAGACUAGUCUUUCACUCCUUCAAGGACAGUUUCUGUAAAUACUUUAGAUGUCUAGUUAAUGAAUUUCAUGGCUACUCUUGUGGGUAAAGAUUCUAUUCACUCCAUGCUGACUUUCCUUCUCACAAUUCGCCAGGCAGGGGUGUGUUAUUUUUGGAGAGUACAUAAGGCAUAAACGUGGGGAUUGUUUCAAAUGUUUAAUUUACUGCACAGUUCCAGUAAAUGUAUAUAACGAUAAAUGUAAGUGUUGUAAAUACUACAGUAUUGUAGUUUUCUUUGGGAACAGUGCAGUUUUGAUGCUGCAGGAUUUGAAAAAUGUACUGGACAGGGUCUAAUGUUACUUGAGAUAAACAACUUGCACAGUGUCA